GAUAUUAUUCAGCGCAAAAAAUGGGGGCAGUGGCUCAUUAAUAUCCCAACUUCUAGAACAACGCACAACAGCUAUAAUUUCUGGUUAAUCCCCUUUUAAAAUUAUAUAUAGUAAUAGACAUAAAGGGCCAAAGUGGGGAAGAGCAAGAGACGAACUUUGGGAGACGAAUAUGUGGUGUCAUGUGGUGAUACCGGGAAAAAGCGAUUUUCGCUUCAGACUCCAUACCGGACCCAGCAGCUCCACCGGAAUAUCCAUUACCGACCCGUGCAUGCGCCUCUUCAACAUCAGCCUUCCUAACCGAAAGCCCGUGAGCAUUCGGAUCCAGUGCCGGGCAACAAUCAACGGCGAUUUCGUGACGACGGAGGCCACACCCACGCGCAUGACUUUCUACGAUCUCCUGGACAUACCCGAGUCUGGAACCUUGCUCCAGAUCAAGCAAGCCUACAAGCAGCUCGCACGCAAGUACCACCCGGACGUGUCGCCGCCGGAUCGGGUGGAGGAGUACACGCAGAGGUUUAUUCGGGUCCAGGAGGCCUACGAGACUCUAUCCGAUCCCAGGAGGCGAGCCGUGUAUGACAGGAACAUGGCCAGGGGCCUUCAUCUUGCUUUCUCAGCCAGAAAACGGUGUUAUGCCGACGAGGGGAUGGAGGAGAGCAUGGAUGAGUGGAAAGAACGUUGGCAGGGUCAGCUGUCUGAGCUGAAGAGGAGAAGCAUGCAGAAAGAUUCGGCAGGAAGCAUGUCAUGGGGGGCUCGGAUGCGCAGGCAAAUGAAUGAACCCUCAGUCACCCACUGAACUCAAAUCCGUGAAAGAGGAAAAAUGAGUACAAGUUGCCAGUUGGGAGCCAAAUGAAAGAUUAUAUGAGAUAUUUGUAUGCUUUCUGCCUUACUGACAAGCAGAGAAAACAGGAAGAAAAAAAAAAAAAGUAGAAAUGAAAUAAACGACGCUGUACAUAUUAAACUAUGCAAGAUUGCAAUUCAAAGUAGUUCUCGUUUGUGAUUAUGCUAAA